AUGUAUUUCGGGCAUAGAAAGGUGCAGAUUACAACAGUACCAUUAUCUGCAAUUUAUACGUCAGCAAUAGCAGCAUUUACGCAUCCGGAAUUCAAGAAUAGAUGGUUAUCGUGUAUACCACGGGAAUAUCAUGAUAAAUUAUUAAAUGUCCUGAAAGACAUUGUUACCGCCGAAAUAACACGAAGGUCUAUAGAAAAAAUGAGAAUUCCGAAAGCCAUUUGGGUAAAGAAAACGCUUCCUAAUUCCAGCUACAGUUCCGAAGCCGAAGUAGAAAUAGCAAAUUUUUUCAAUGUCCGGCGAAAUACUUUACAAAUGCUGAAUAAUUACGAACCAAUAAAAGGUAUUUUCAUAAAAUUUAACACGUCACUACCAUCCUCGGCCCCAGAAGAAAGAUUAUUCAACCAUGCCACCACUAUGAUGAAUUUGCCAAAAAGUAACAGAUUAUCCGAUCAAAAAUUCGAGCAAUGGAUUAUUCUGCGAGCAAAUGUGCAUUUACUCUCAUAA